GAAAAAUCUUACAUCUUCCUUUUCCACACCAUGCCUCCACUUCACCACUUCCCCUCCAUUAAACUCUAAAGCUUCAAUCAUAAUCAUCACACUCUUAUUCAACCCUCUGCAUCAUAAUAAACUCUACAGACCAUCGUCUUCUACAUUUGGAAGUCGGUGUACAGUUACACGACGCACCAACAACCAAAUCUCUACUGAAGACAACCACCAAAUCUCCUCACACAGUUGCGUAUCUUCCUGAUUUAAAGCCCUCUCUCGUUGCCGCUCCUCUUCCCCCACCACAUCAUCACUGUCGUUGGGUUUGUAUCGUCGUCGUCUUACAUCCAGAUGUCACAAAUACAUUUGAAUUUUUUAAUGGAUCAGAUCUGUAAUUAAUUUGAAUUUGUUGCCAUUUUGUUUUUAACAUUAUUUUAUUUCAUUUAAUUUGAUUUCGUUGCCACAUAUCUGUAACUAAUUCGAAUUUGUAGCCAUUUUGUUUUUAAGAUUAUUUUAUAUCAUUUGUUUUAAUUUAAUUUCGUUGGCAUUUUGCAUAAUCAGAGGAUAGGAAACCAUUUUAUAGAUUAUAGAAAAGAUCUAGAAAGCAUAAAGCCUGUUUGUGUUUGAAUACAGGAAACAAUUUUUUUUUGUUUUUCUUAAUUCGGAUAUCCGUUUUAUUAUCCGAAUCUGUAUCUGAAAUAUCGGAUAUCCGAAUUUCGGAUAUCCGAUAUUUCGGAUACGGAUUCGGAUAUUGAAAUUCAGUAUCCAAACUUUUCGGAUAUCCGAUUUUCGGAUAUCCGAAAACCGGAUAAUCCGAUCUUGAACACCCCUACCUAUAUCACCUUUCAUCUGUUUAGAUAAUCUUUUGACUGCUAUAAAUCUAUAAUCCAAUAAUCUACAAAUUUGUAAGGUCGGUGGUGCGAGUUAAAUAUAAGAUUUGAUUGACCUAUGGAUCGAAGGUUCCCUCGAGACCUUGAACCCCUUCUUGUUCCGCCCAUGUUUCUAUAUUUUAUGAGAUCAAAUGGAAGGAGUGAUAGGAGUUUUGAAGCUAACAAUAAAGAAAGGGACCAAUCUCGCGAUUUGUGAUUGGACCCGGGGCACGAGUGAUCCUUAUGUAAUCGCAACCUUGGAUCAUCAGAAAACAAAAACCACGGUGGUGAAGGAAAAUUCCAAUCCUGUGUGGGAUUGUGAUCUGACAAUGAUCAUUAAGGACCCUAAGGCUCUAAUCACACUUACCGUGCAUGAUAAGGACACAUUCAGUGAUGAUGAUAUCAUGGGAGUAACACAUAUAGAUUUAAAUCCGUACAUCGAGUGCAUGGAAAAGCGCAGAGAUUUUCGCGAUCUACAGGCUGGUACUAAACUCGAAACUAUUCAACCCGAUGAACAUAACAACCUAGUUGAAGAGAGCCACAUUAUAUGGAAUAAGGAUGUGAUUAUACAAGAUAUGGUCCUACGAUUGAAAAACGCUGAAACCGGUGAAAUCGAAGUGCGAAUAGAGAUCACUCCUAUUGAAAAUCAUCGCUUAAUACUCCAAGAUGAAGUACCGGUAGAAGAUGAGUAAAACCAUAGUAAAAAGGUGUUACAUCCUUUUUUGUUUUUGUUGUCAUGUUUGAUGUAAGAUUUUAUUGCCUAAACAAUACCAUUACAUCUCAUAAAGUUCAUGAGGGUAAAAUAUGUUUACAAA